CGUAUAGAACUUUUGUUCUUGAAAACAAUUUUUGGAAGUUUUUCGAUAUGAGUGCGACUAGAGAAGAUGAAAAAUUAGAGUGUGUUUCCGAUCAAGAGCGAGAUUUAGCCCAACAGGCUCUCAACGAGUUUCAAGGGAAAAACUACAAUGCAUGUCUACAAAAUCUAGGAAAACUUGACAACAAAAAGGAUGACUUUAAAGUAAUACACAAUAAAUAUAUUGCUGAAUACUACAAAAGUGACUGUAAGAAAACCAGUAUUUUUCUCAAGAAUAUUACUGCACUUUUAAAUCAGUUUGGUUUACAUAUUGACAGACUGGAGGAUGUAGAAUUUUGUGUUGCAUACUUUAAUAUUGGGGUCUUGUUUUAUCAAGAAAGACAGUACACCAAAGCUCUUAAAAUAAUAGAGAGGAUUUACAAAUUUAUUGAACCAUUAGAUGAAACUCUUGGACAGCAAGUAGGUCUACUCUUAAUUGAACUACAGAUUUGUGUUAGACAAGUAGACAAAGCUUUAUCCUUGAUAACUUACUUUUACAAUCAAGUUACAAAUCAAACAACAUUAACACAAAAGGAGGCAAAACCAAAAGGAAACAAUGACAAUGAACAGAGUAACAAAUCAAAUGAGGAGUUGCUGCAGAUGUUGGAAAGAUACAGGAUAAGAUGCAAUCUAUUGUUGCAUUCCCUGAAAUCAGCUAGUACAGAUAUCAAGAUUCUCUCUGAUGACAAUGGAAAUGUUGUAGAAGUAUUAUAUUUGUUAGCUAAUCAACAAUAUCUGGAAGGAAAUUUUGUGGGUGCUAUGCAAACGUUAGGGAAGGUGCCUGCUGAAGCAUUAAAAUAUGUAUCUUCAGGAGAAUCAUCCAAUGCAAUGUUUUACAACAACUUAGGAGUCAUUCAUCAUGCCAUGGGUAAACCAAAUCUUGCCUGCCACUAUUACAAUCAAGCCCUGCUAGAAGAACAGCCAUUAACAAAAUUAUCAGCAGAUGAUUGCCAACUUUAUAUGCUUGGAGCUUCAAAAUAUCAUGAAAUCAUGUUUAACAUGGGUAUUUCGCUUUUGUAUGCGGGAAAAUCAGCACAAGCAUUUGAUUGUUUGAUUGUCGCCGUGCGGAAGUUUCAUCGUAAUUGUCGUCUUUGGCUUCGUCUCGCUGAAUGCUGCAUUCAACUACAUAAACCUACAAAUGCGGUGGAUUUUGACAUUCAGCGAAAGCAAAAAGAGUUGGUUGUGGAUGUGCUAGGUAGCAAUGAAACGCAAAAAGUAAUUUUGAAUACUAAUUUGGCGAAGGAUAAAAAAUACAGUAUUGACAGUCAAAGUUAUGCGGUUCCGGUUGCUACAUUGGAAUUUGCGACACUAUGUUUGAAAAAUGCAGAGUUUGUGUUAGCUUCCGAUGUGAGUUCAACUGCGGAACCCCUACUUUUGAUACCAGGUGUGUCUAUGCCAACAUCAACUCCAAACUCGAUAUCAUCACCUUCUAGUCCAAUUCAACCGGAUGAUAAGACAAACUUGAAAAAUAGCAUAUUGGUUGCUUCCGCGUAUGUUAGUCUUUGCCUUGGUGACUAUGUUGUAGCACUAGCGAAGGCUAAGGAAUUACUGCAGCAGCCUAAGAUGUCCGGCGCUCAUAAGUUGUUAGGACAUUUAUAUGCUGUGGAAUGUUUAGUACUUCAGGACAAACUUAAUGAAGCUUUGGAACAUUUGAACCCAGAAAUUAUUAAGGAUAUUGGUUUGGAGUGUCCUGGCGAAGAUAUAGAUGACGAAAUACCAACUCAAACGAAUCCACCAGCCACGUGGUUUCCAAAUAAAUUGCCCAGUGCAAUUGCAGUAAUGCAGUAUAAUGUGGCAGUGAUAAAUACCAUUCGAGGACAGUACGAUCAAGCGGCUAAAUUACUAAAUCAAGUGUGGCAGAGCCGUACACAUGACCAUAAAGUACCAGCUCAGAUAAUAAUGUUGGUUCUGUACAUAAAGCUACAACAAGGCCACGUCGAUGUUGCAAAGAAUUUUAUUCGACAAUAUUCAGUGCAGCGCAGAAUAUCUGGAUGAAAAAUAUUUGUAUAUUUAAAUAUAUACUUAUUAUAUUAGACAGGAAGAGUUGUUUUAAUGGAUUGGACGACAUUCAGAUCUCCAAUUUCAUCAAUUUUCAUCAUUUUCGAAUAAAUAAUGUGGAAUACUGGUUUUGGGAUUAAUAAUUUCCAGUUCUGGUACCGUACAAAUUUACCGAGUGCCAUAGCAGUACCAAAACUCGCGCUACUAUGCAUUCAUAGUUUAGGUACGCGCGAUGUUUGUAUGUACACAUUUUUUUACGUGUGCAGCAAACGUAUCGCAAUACUGAUAGUGACCGCGUGUUAUCGUCGCGUGUUGUUGUUGGCUGCGUAGUUCCGUGCACAUCCAGUUCCAUUCCAGCCAUCGAGUGAAUCGCGCGUGUUCAUCGCGACUAGUUUUGUCUCUUCAGAACAUGAUUAAGUAAAUCGAUUGAUAUUCAUUAAACGAUGAGCGGCAUACAUCAGAAUCGGGUGUGAUUGAGGUUUCACAAGUGUGAUGGGAUGCGUUGUGUGUUUAUCAAUUGCGAAUUAAUUUUCGGUUCACUUGUGUGAUGUUCCGUCGGCUUUGAGAUAAAUUUCUGUCAAUGGAGAACGUUGAUGCCCAGAGAAGAAGUUUGUGAAUAAAUAUAUAAUAAUGAAUAAAUGUGUUGUUAAAUAUAACCAAUAAAACACAAUUAAAAAUUAUAAA